AUGGAGAACACGUCCUACGGAAUAAAUGUGGCGAAUCGCUACGAUCUGUUCUGCAUCGACGACGAUGCGGGCGAUCCGAUCGAGGCCAUCCUGAAGAGUAAACAGAAGCAGCAGAAAAAGCAGCAACAGCAGCAGCCGCAGCAGCAGCAGAGUGGUGGUGGUGCCACUACGGCAGCAGCAGCAGCAGCACCGGCAGCUCAAUCGCAGCAGGCGAAAUCGAACGCGAAGAGUGGUGAAAAGGAGAACAAGGCCGGUGGUCGGGGAACGGAAAAUCGGCACCCGGAUAAAUCGGCCGCGGACGCGAAGCACGCACAGACGAACGGAACCGGCAAUCAUUUACAUAAUCAGCGCAGCGGCGGUGGCGAACGUCGAGGUAUCAAGGAAACGCAGAAAGAUAACAUCCGCAAUCAGGAAAACCAGCGAGGCACUAAUCCGGCGGCUAAGUUCCCGCGCGGUCCGAAUAAGAACGGUGGACCGGUGGGUGGUGGUGGUGGCAACGAGGACAAGUAUCCGCGCAAGCCGCGCGACUUCGAUGGCGAUGGACAGCGAAAACCUUACGCGCAGAACGGCGGUGGUGGUGGAGUGAAGCGGUUCGAUGGGCGCGGCAAGCGUGAACUGGACCGUCAAUCGGGCUCGAACAAAACCGGAAUCAAGGCAGUCGACAAGCGGGACGGUGCCGGGUCGCACAACUGGGGCAGCUCGAAACAGGACGCGAAGGAGUAUUCGAACAAUCCGGAACAGGACUAUCAGCCACAGGAUGCGGACACGAGUGCGGAAGCAAACGCGGAACGUACGAACGUAAGCAAUGGCGCGGAGGAGACGAACGCUGAAGGAACCGGAGCACCGAAAUCGGACGACGAGGCGAAGGAAAUGACGCUGGACGAAUGGAAGGCACAAAAGGCGGCCGUUAGACUGAAGCCACAGUACAACCUACGGAAGGCCGGUGAGGGUGAAGACUCGAGCCAAUGGGAUAAGAUGGUAGCGCUGGACCGGAAAUCGAACGCAAAGGCUGAGAAAGGCGCUGGGGCAGAUGGUGGCGAGGAGGAUGAUGGCAAUGACACUCACAGCAAACCGGUUACGUCGGGUGGUGGUGGCGGCGGAGGCGGUGGCAAAAACAAGCAGUUUCUGGAAAUUGAGUACCAUUUCAACGACAGCCGUCGGGGUGGAUUGGGCCGUCCGAGAGGUGGACGCGGUGGACGAGGUGGCGGCGGUGGUCGCGGUAUGGGCCGUGAAGGCGGUCCGGGCGGUAGACGUGAAUACGGUGGCGGAGACAACUAUCGGGGCGGUGCGGAUGCUGGCGAGGGCGGUGGUGGCAGAUACAACCAUUACGGCGGUGGAGGUGGUGGUGGUGGUGACGGUGCGGAUGGUGGUGACCGACCACAGCGAGACUACAACCGGCGCAACAACCGACCACCGAUGGGUGGUGGUGGUGGUGGUGGUGGUCCGGAACGGAACUACGAAGGCGGCAUGAACAACAAGUACAGCAGACCGAAUCCGCGAUCGGCCAAGCAGCAUGUACCGGCCGCUCCGAAGGUGGACGAUGAGCAUGACUUCCCGUCGCUCGGUUAA